UGUUAAAAAAAACCAGUAUAUAAAAUCUAGACGGGAAGCUGAAGGAUAUACAUAGAAUGCAGAGCCAUAGGCGACCUCUCUUCCUCUCUUAUUCUUCUCUUUCAUUUUCCUUUCAAUUUUAAUUUCACUUUCUUCUCAAAUCUGCUGCGUCUCCCUGUAAAGGCACUCCCGUACACCUGAAGCAAAAAGAGAUCACCGCCUCUUUUGGUUCUCUCUUCUUUAUUUGCAUUUCUUUUUCGGCUUCAAUGGUGAUGGACGACAACGAGAGCUGCGGGAGUAGAGUGCACGAUACGCCGUCUUCUCUGACGCAAACAAGGCAGCAGAGGCAGAAGCAGGAGGUAUACAAUGAGGUUCUUCGUCGACUCAGAGAAUCGAGAAACGAAGAGGCUAAUCGGCCUGGAUUCAACGAUGAGCUUUGGGCUCACUUCAAUCGACUCCCUACGCGGUAUGCCUUGGAUGUGAAUGUGGAGAGGGCAGAAGAUGUUCUUAUACAUAAGAGAUUGCUUCACCUGGCGCAAGAUCCAGCUACUAGGCCUGCGAUUGAAGUCCGACUUGUACAGGUUCAGCGCAAUGGGAAUCCAGAUGAUUCUGCUCGUUCAGAUUCUUCGAGCAAUGACAUUGUCCAAAGUUCUCCACGAAUGUCUAGCAGGCAGAGCAUACAUCCGCCACCUGCUUUUGGUUCAUCACCCAAUCUUGAGGCCCUUGCUCUUGAAGCUAGUAAAUCACAGGAUCCAGAGAGUGAUAGUUCCGUACAUGCCAAUUCAUGGUUUUCACGGCCCUUGCAUGAAAUUACAUUUUCAACGGAAGACAAGCCAAAACUUCUCAGUCAGCUGACUGCCUUGCUUGCUGAGAUUGGCCUUAACAUCCAGGAAGCACAUGCUUUUUCCACAGUAGACGGAUUUUCGUUAGAUGUCUUUGUUGUUGAUGGUUGGCCAUAUGAGGAAACAGAGCAACUUACUGUCGCAUUGGAAAAGGAAGUGUUAAAAAUUGAGGUAAUUCUUUUCUUUAUUUUGUUGGUUGUUGCAAUUGUAAGAGUUUGGGAAUUGUCUCAAAUCAACUGAUGCUUUUUGGUUUUCUUAAAG